AUGGCUUUAAAGUUUCCUACAGAAAGGCAUGUUGGUGCUUCUCGCAAAAGAGCAGAUAUUUUGAGAGAAAAGCAAUUUGAUGAGAUAGUCAAAAGUAUUGCAAGCGAUGAUGUUCAAUCAGGGAGAGGCUUGAAUCAAGAAAUGAGUUUGUCACGACCACGGGACACACGUUGGAGCUCACAUUAUCGAUCAUUGGUAAGUCUGUGUACAUUAUUUGAUCUUGUGCUUGAUGUGGUAGAAAUUAUAAAAGACGAUAUAACUCUUAUGCAUGCAAAAAGGUCUGAAGCCUCUGCCCUUAUGAUGCGUAUGCAAACUUUUGAAUUUGUAUUACUUUUGAACCUGAUGAUCAAGGUCUUGGCAAUAACGAAUGAGUUGUCACAAGCACUUCAAAGAAAAGAUCAAGAUAUUGUAAAUGCUAUGACUCUUGUAAAAGUUUCAAAGGAGUUAUUACAGAAUAUGAGGGAUAAUGGGUGGGAUAAUCUAUUUCAGAAGACUUCUGAAUUUUGUAUAAAACAUGAUAUAGAUAUCCUUGAUAUGGAAAGUGUACUUGCAUUACAAGGGAGAACAAAACGUAGAGGACCAGUUACUCAUCUGCAUCACUUUAAGGUUGACAUAUUUUAUGCAAUGAUAGAUACUCAACUUCAAGAGUUGAAUGAUCGUUUUAGUGAAAUUAGUUCGAAUUUGCUGGAAUGCAUGGCAUGUUUAAAUCCGUGCAACUCUUUCUCAGCAUUUGACAAGAAUCAGUUGUGUGAAUUUGCUGGCUUUUAUCCUUCAGAUUUUGAUUUGAAUGAUUUUGUCAUGCUUGAAUAUAAGCUCGACACGUAUAUUUUUGAUAUGCAAAGUGAUCCUAGUUUUUUGAAUUUGCAAGGAAUAACUGAUCUUGCCAAGAGGAUGUUAGCAUUAACUUUGCCUGUAGCAACUGCAUAUGUGGAAAGAGCAUUUUCAGCUAUGAAAUACAUCAAAACUGCACUUUGUAAUUGGAUGGGGGAUGAAUGGUUGAAUGAUUGUUUAGUGCCAUAUAUUGAAAAAGAUGUAUUUGAUAACAUUGAUAAUGAGACAAUUAUGAUGGAAUUCCAAAAAAUAAGGCCUAGAAGAAUGACAUCGUAA